AUGCAGCAGCUCGCCCGCCAGCGUUUGACUGUCAAUACAGGCGAACGCAGCCUGGGUGAGCGGGUCUUCCGCGUGGGCGCGCUGGUAAAAAACGCUGGUGCCUUCCUGACGUCUGUUCACCAGGCCUGCAUCAGCCAGCUUUUUCAGAUGGUGGCUGAGGGCGGGCUGAGGUUUGUCGAAGAUGCUGCAGAGUUCCAGCACCGCAAACGAGCGCACAACAUCAACCGCGGCGAUGUUGGCGGCACCACCAUAUUCAGUGUGAUGAGCGGUCUGGCUGUGCAGCACAACGCCCUCAAUCUGUCCCAGGGUUUCCCUGAUUUUGAUGGUCCCGCACCUUUGCUUGAGCGUGUGCAGUACUACCUGACCCAUGGCUUCAAUCAAUAUCCACCCAUGACAGGUGUUGAUUCAUUACGCUACGCCGUGCGCGACAAAGUGGCAGAUCUGUAUGGUGCCCAGGUGGAUGGGGAUACCGAAGUCACCAUUUCGGCAGGCGCCACCGAAGCGCUGUUCUGCGCGAUUGCUGCGGUUGUUCGUGCCGGUGAUGAAGUCAUUGUUUUUGACCCGGCUUAUGACAGCUACGCACCCGUUGUGGCGCUGCAAGGCGGCAAAACAAUCCAUAUUCCGCUGUCAGCACCCGACUUUAAAAUCGAUUGGAAUCAGGUGGCGGCAAAGCUGUCAGAUCGAACGCGCCUGAUCAUAGUCAACACCCCGCAUAAUCCAACCGGGGCAGUCUGUGGGGAAGCAGAUAUUGCUGCGUUGCGUACGCUUGCCGAGCAUCAUGAUUUUUAUAUCCUGGCGGAUGAGGUCUAUGAACACAUUGUGUUUGAUGGCCAGGCACACCUGAGUAUGUGCCGAUAUCCGGAUCUGUAUGAACGGAGUUUUGUCGUGUCAUCUUUUGGCAAGACUUACCAUGUGACGGGUUGGAAGGUCGGGUACUGUGUGGCACCGCCAGAUCUCAGUGCUGAGUUCCGGCGCAUACACCAGUUUGUGAACUUUACCGUCAACACACCUGUACAGCUUGGCCUGGCAGAUUUUCUGCACGCUCAUCCGGAGCAUCAUCUGCAGUUACCUGAUUUUUAUCAGCGCAAACGCGACUAUUUCUUAACUCAGCUGCAAGGCUCAAAAUUCACCUGGCAAGCCAGUGCCGGUACUUAUUUCCAACUUAUUGAUUAUGGGGCGUUGAGUGCUGAGCUGGAUGUUGACCUGGCAAAGUCUUGGACCGAACAGCUUAAGCUGGCUUCUAUUCCUAUCUCGGUGUUUUAUCAGGACCAGAACUGUGCGCCCAAGUCGCUGCUGCGAUUCUGCUUUGCCAAAGAUACUGAGACCUGCUGGCAUGAUUGCGCCGCGAAUCUGACAGUGUUUACCGAGUUGCUGCAGCAGGUGCUUGACGAGAGUGAUCUGGUCUUGUUGCCAGAAAUGUUUUCUACCGGGUUCACCAUGGCAAGCACAGAAGUUGCGCAGACUAUGCAGGGUGACGCCGUUGCCUGGUUACACGAUAGUGCGGUGGCGUUGCAGAAACACAUCUGCGCCAGUGUGGUGAUCAAAGAUGCUGGCCAGUACUUCAAUCGUUUUAUCUGUGCGAGCCCAACCGGCAAGCUGUUUACCUAUGAUAAACGUCAUUUAUUUCGCAUGGCAGAUGAACACGAACACUACAGUGCAGGUCAAAAUCGACUGGUAUUUGAGGUUAACGGGUGGCGCGUAUUAGCCAGUGUCUGUUAUGACCUGCGAUUUCCUGUCUGGCUGCGUAACAGCAACGAUUAUGACCUGAUGGUCUGCGUCGCCAAUUGGCCGGCUGCGCGGCAAAGCGCAUGGAAUACAUUGUUGCGCGCUCGAAGUAUCGAAAAUCAGGCGUUUGUGGCCGGUGUCAAUCGCGUUGGCACCGAUGGCAACGGCGUUGUGUACGCGGGUGGGAGUGGAAUUUAUGCGCCAGAUGGUGAAAUUUUGGCGGAACAGAUGGAGCAUGCUGAUAUCAUCACCAGGACGCUGAUGAAUUUCGGCCUGGGACUUAUUGCCAUGGCGUGUGGUCAGGCAGAUGGUCCGCCGGCAUCCACUGGAGAUGCAGCAACAACCUUAGCUGCGGUGGAAGAAACAGCCACAGCGCAGCCUGUUCAUCCUGGCGAAAAGACUUACCAGAAUUAUUGUUUUUCAUGUCACACACCGGGUUUGAGUGGCGCCCCGAAGACAGGUGAUGCGCAAGCCUGGGCGCCGCGCAUCGCCAAAGGCGCUGAUUUGUUGCUUGCGACAACCAUUGAAGGCAUCCCACCCGCGAUGCCACCACGCGGCAUGUGUUUUGAUUGCAGCGAUGAGGACCUGGCUGCCGCUAUCGACUACAUGGUCGAAAAGAGUAAUUUAUCUGGAGAUGAGAAUAUGGCGUACGCGCGACCAGGGGAUAUCGUUUCCCGACGCAAAGGUCUGGUGAUGCAUCGAGGGGUUGCCCUGGGUGAUGGCCGAGUCCUGCACAACACGCCGUUUCGCGGCGAGCACGUCUGCUCGGAACGUGAGUUUCGUGCCGGCAGGCGGAUGUAUAUCUCAAGCCCUGGUGCAACUGAGCGGCACAGGAUGUUGUCCCGGGUGCAUACCCACCUGGACAGCGGGCGUGGCUAUAAUCUGCUGACCAAUAACUGUGAACACACAGUUACGCGCGCUACUUCCGGAGAUGCCCGCAGCCCACAACUGCAUUCAUGGGUGCUCGGCGGUGGCUUUGCCGCAGCAACCUUUGCUUUGACCCGUCACCCGAUGGCGGCAGCUGCGGCUUACGCGGUGGGCCGCAAACUCACGGAGCACAAACACUUCGGUCGAGCAGCGGAAGCCUGCUUUGUCAGCCAGCCGACGCUGUCUACACAGCUGAAAAAGCUGGAAGAGACGCUGGACGUGACGUUGAUCGAACGCACCAACCGCCAGGUGAUGUUGUCCCCGGCCGGCGAGCAGAUUGUACAGCAGGCACAGAAAAUACUCCGUGAGGUGAACACUCUGACCAGCAUGGCGGAGCAAUACCGCGAUCCGCUGGGUGGUGAUUUUCGCCUGGGCAUUAUUCCCACCAUAGCUCCGUAUCUGCUGCCAAAAAUCUUAAGCCCGAUGCGUCGCGCCUUUCCCAAUCUGCGCCUGCAACUCACCGAAGGUCAGACGUCGCAGAUCACGCGGAUGUUGAAACAGGGUGAUCUGGAUGCGGUCAUCCUCGCAUUGCCAUUGCUGGACGAUGCUAUUACUGAGCUGGCGCUGUACAACGAGCCUUUUCUGUUUGCGGCGUCCAAAGAUCAUGCGAAGGCUAAAAAAACGUCGGUAACCCUGGCAGAUCUGGAAGACGAAGAAGUGCUGCUGCUGGAAGACGGGCAUUGCCUGCGUGAUCAGGCUCUGGAUGUGUAUGGUCGCGUCCAACGCGGGCAUCACCCUGAUGCCGAAGCUCGCCGUUACUAA